UGACUGUAGGGUUCAACGGCCGGCUUCAAUUGUGUGAAUGGGUGCUCCAGUUCCCCUGUGCACACGUGCGCGCAACGUCUCGGAUAGCCUCCUAGAACUCAAGACUCGUGAACCGUGAGUAGAAGCUCGAGCCUCCUCAGACUCGUGACCAUCAACCAGGCGCCUGCUCGACCUCGUCCACCUUCUGCCCCCUCCUCUUCAUUGCUAUCUGCUUCCACUUGGUUUCAUGAUGACCCCAUCCAAGCUUUGACUCUCUGCUUGCUCGACGUUGGUCGCUUUGCGCCAUCGAAGUUCUAAAAGACUGCAUACACGAUACCAGUCACGGACGAGGGCAUGGAACAUAAAAAGAGCGCAAGUCGCUCGGGCGAGCCGAGCUCGGCGCCUGCAUCAAGCUCGUCGCCAAAGACGGGAAUGCGAAGACUGUUCAAUAGGCGAUCCAUCAGCAACUCAAAGACACCAGCUAGAACAUCUGCCGCUGAGCCAGAGCCAACGAUCAGCGCUUCGACCCCGGCUUCAUCUCGUUCUGCAAAUGCACCGUCAGCAUGCGUGUAUGAGAAUGGUGCGGGCGGUGCUCUGACAACAUCGGUCACUGCGCUGCCCGAGGGUGCCCCUGCUCAAGCUGAGAUCUCGCGGGCGGCCCGGGCCGCGUCAUCCGCCGACCCGUUGCAGUCGAAAUCAAUCGACUUUGCUCAGGGAAGACGUGAUGGAGAUCUUGCCGAGGAUGCUAUGCUGGACGCUGGUUCCCCUCCACCAUCCAUCUUGGCAAGUGCGAACGCGUCGACGUCAGGGUUGGCCUCGCGUCGUCCGUCUGCGGCAGGGUUGCAACUUCAAACUUUCAACCUCCCAGACCCAGGCAUCACCUUCUCGCCAGCUCCCGACAGCCGAGACUCUCCGACUCCUAUGGCUGGCUCGCCAAAGGCACAGAAUAAGCAAGCUGCAAUGCUUCAUGCGGUGAACAGCGCCGAGUCAUCGAGCUCUAGAGCAGAAGAGGCCACAAGCGCAACAUCUGGCAUCUCCUCCGGCCGGACCCCACGCAGGCUGAUCCAUAGGAUCGCCACAAGCACGGAAAAAGGCGGCUCCUCCUCACACGAGGCGAACAUCGGGACAAAUGGUUUCAAUCCGCGAUCUCCUCAUCCGUUCAGAGUGCUCGCUGGAAGCAGGUCUCGACAUCACGUUGGAAUCGGAAGACCCGUACGCAGCGGUACAUUCAUCCCUGCACCUGGCCAGGUACUUGAAGAGCGAAGGGUGUCUCUACCGGGAGCAGAGCCCGUCGUUCCCUCUUUCCACCCAGCUGCGCCCAUUGCUCUCCGAGCUCCAAACGAAUCACAGCCGCUCACUUCUCCGCUCGCCGAUCCAGUCGAUAUCGAAGCUGGCAGUGAAGAGGUAGCUCCAAAUGGUGCCCGAGCCCAUACGCUGAGGCUACAGCGCCCGCAGAUCAAAAUUCGUUGCAUCACUUGGAACCACGGCAACAGCGUGCCAAAGGGAGAUCUGGAGGUGCUCCUUGGUCGUGUAGGAGAGUACGUGCCACCCGAGCCCGGCUGGGAUGAGAGCGGAGACGAGGAUGAGACGGAAAAUGUGCAAUCAGAAGCCGGCGCCAAGGAUGAGCAAGUGGCGGAGAUAAAGGCGCCCAAAUCGAAGGGCAAGGGUGUAGCUGGACAAGAGUCGGUUCCCAGAAAGGAUCGCAUCCCACCCCUCGUGGCAGACGAUGCGCAUCCCUACCAUGUUAUCGUGAUAGCAGGUCAAGAGUGUCCUUGGGGCGAUGGCAAGCGCUUAGCAGCCGGCGUGGCCUUGGCUGGCGAGCUGAGCGACUUGGCCCGAAGCAAGAGUAGAGCUGUGCCCAAAGAGAAAGAUAGAGAGAAGGAGGAGAAGGAGAGGGAGAAGAAGGAGCGCAGGGAGGAAAAGGAGAGGGAAAAGCGCGAGGAGAAAGAAAGAUUGAAGCGAGAGAAGGACGCUGCAAAAGCCAACGGCAAGGAGCUCGCUUUGCCAGAGGACAAGCAAGCCGGGUCCCACGCAGGCAGAAUUGCGGACGGAGAAGAUACUGGACCAACCACUCGAGACGGUGGCGUGCCGCACUCGGCAUCUCUUGGCGAGAUACGGGUCCAAGACUUUGCAGCGAUGGCCCCCUCAAUUCCACCUUCUCCGAUGCCUGCUACAUCAGCAGUCGAUGGGUAUUUUGAAAGUCCGGCAUUCAGUCCGCCGCAGAGCGGGGUUCCUAUGACUCCUUCCGCGGCCGGUCCCUUUCCAUUUUUGGGGCUUGGUGGUGGUGGAGUCAAAGGUUGGUCAGAAAUGUGUGAAGCUUGGCUUUGCCAUGGUCCUGUUGCUCAAUUAAACGCAAUCAAGGGCACGCCGGCUUCUCUGGCGCAGCUGGCAAAUGGCUCGAGCACUCCUCAUGCUAUGUGGGAGACGAGUACGGAAAUCGAGCCUUCUGUGGCGGCAUCGCGUACAGACACGCCUAUCCCGAACUCCAGCACCAAACACGAUGUACCAAAGCUGAAGCUCCGAACAGAUGCUCUUAGCGUUGGUGGUGGCAAAUCUGCGCCUGACGACAGGAAGCAUAAACAGGCUCUGAGCCCAAGCACGCCGCUGAACGGCCCAGCCCUAGGAGCUGCAGACGGUUCUCCAGCCAAGAAAUCUGCUCUCGCUGCAGCAGCUGGCCUCGCGACGUCACACGCGCUGGCAGUCCCGCACAGCAUUUCUCGCAACAACAGCUCCAGCCGGCUGGCGCCUACCUCAUUUGAGAGUGUUGCAGAUCUUCCGUCGCCUGGCUUGCUCUCCCCAAGCGAAUUUGGUCUCAUCAGAGAGCCGUCGCCGCCAGAGCAAAAGACAAAGAUCGAAGAGCAGGAACCUCCCACCUUACAAACGCAGGAGCAAAGCUCUUCGCACCAUCGACACCUCAUAUCACGCUUCGGUCAGCAUCAUGACGGAACGCCGCGCACGCUAGGCCCAUAUGAGCUUGUGAUGAAAGAGCGAUGCUACAUGAUGUACAUGGCGGUGUACGUCUUCCGCGGUGCUUUAGACCGCGUGCGUGGAGUGUCGCGAGGCCAUGUUAAAUCUGGACUGCUGGCGGGGCGUGUUGGCAACAAGGGCGGAGUUGGUAUCAGUCUUAAGCUCGGCAUAACCCGUCUCUUGUUUGUCAAUGCGCAUCUUGCAGCUCACGAGGGCAAAGUCGCAGAGCGCAUUGCAAAUGUGGAGAAGAUUAAAAGGGAGUUGAAGGUGGACACGUUCCUACCAGAGACAGAAUCCCAGGAUGAGGAUAUCACAGCUAGAUUCGAUCACUGCUUCUGGAUGGGUGAUCUCAAUUUCCGUGUUGAUAUUACGAGAAAGCAUGCAGACUGGCUGCUGAUGCAAAAGCGCUACGACCAGGCGCUAGAAUUUGAUCAGCUUCGCAAGGUAAUGCGUGAGACUUCUACUUUUCACGGGUUCACCGAGGCAGCGAUAUCCUUCAUGCCUACCUUCAAGUACGACGUGCUCAAGACCCUAAAGUCAAAAAAUGAGAAGGACCUCAAGCGCCAUGUCAGCGUGCGCAAACGACUGCUGCAUCGACACGAAGGAUCUUUGCCCGAUCUCGGAAUCUCGCCGGCUGGCGCAGGCAUUGCUGCAGCUACCAGCGAGGGAAAGGGGGCCCCGGAAGAGACUUUAGGAAGCAGGAAUGGUGACUUGAGUAGCUCGCCUCAUCAUUCGCAGCGCAGUGGUGCAAGUCGCCGAAGGCAGAACCUGAGCGAUAGGAUUGCAGCUGCGCUCGGCCAAAGCACUGAUACUGAGGAUGACUCGAGCUCAAUCGCAACGACCCUCGAGACAGCUUCCAUCUUGGGACUUCAGACAACUCGCUCUGCGAGCGGAAGCAUCGCUGAUAGAGAAGCGCUCGCCAGCAAUACUGCCGCGGCGGCGGAGACCCCUUUGAUCUCGCGCGGCAAGGCAAUCAGAGUCAAAGGGCAGCUGAUGAAGGUCGUGCAGGCCGUCAAAGGCCACCGGUCACAAGCCGAGUCACGGCCCGCGCACAGCAUCUCUCCUCUCAACAGCCCACUUGUGCCAUCAAGGCAAGGCCAAGGAUUGUCGGAAUCCUCACACAAUGCUGCUUGGCCCGCUCAAAAAGUAGGGGCGUCCGAAAAAGCCCUUGCAGCGCAUUCCUCGGAUCGCGCCCUUGCCGACAAGCCAAUUGGCUCGUCGCCACAAGAUCCUAGUGCACCUCACAGCCUUCGUACAUCAUCCUCUUUGGAAGAUUGGGCUAUGAACGGUUCGGUGUCAGCCCGAGGCAGCCCGUCGCCAGCGUCAAAAGGUCGACGCGUGUCAGUGCAAUUGCCCAACGAAUUUGGAGUCGAUCAUCGUCGACGCUCUAGCGCAGACGAUGCUGGCGAGUUCGUCUCGAGCCUGGAUGGUGCCACGCUCUCGGCAAUGGCGGCGAGCGGUAACAUAGCUGACGUCGAUGUGCAACGGUACGACACGUCGACGAAGCAGCGAGUGCCAUCCUGGUGCGAUCGUGUGUUGUGGCGAAGCAACGUGAAGAUCGAGGCCGAGGAGGGGCACACGGAGGAUGGCGCAGGUGACACAAGAGCGUCCCGCGUGACUACAGCGCUGUCAAAGGCCGGAGCACAACUGCGUUCAGCUACUUUCCGACGCAAUACCGAUCGCACAGAUGGCCCAAGCGUAACGUUCGCACCGCCUCCAAAGGUGCCCGUAAGGGGAACUUCAAUAGCCAGUCCAAAGCCACUCCAAGACUCGCCAACCACGACGCAAGCGCCUGCACCUGAGGGUUCCAGCGAGAAGCUGGCCAGACCCAACGGCGGAGCGGCGCACGACCAGGCUGUACGCCGUCGAUGGUUUGGUCGGCGCCACAAGCUGAAACGCUCUCAGACACUAGACGCGGAGACCUCGGACCGUGCUGGUCUGAGCACAUUGAAGGAGAUGAGCGCCAGCAAUGGCCGCGCAAACAGCGCUGUAAAUCUUCCCUCACAUUUGCGCCGCCAAAAUAGCACAGCUUCCUCUAGUCGCCCCCCAGGAUCCCCGCAAAGCACCAGACUUUUUCCACGGCGAAGCUCCAGCACUCGGACAGCGCCGUCAUCAGCGGUGAUGCCUGCUGCGCAAGGCUCGUCAACGCCUGACGGCGCAGAAGGCAAAGGAACACCACCAAUUUCCUCAGCUCGAAGUUCGCCGUUCAAUUUCGUUAGCUCUCGCAUGUCAGCGGCACGCCCUUCGAGCCCAUCGCUGCGUGGAUCUCCUGGACUCCGACGAGAACCGCUGGAACAGGCUUCUCCAGGCAGCAAUGCUCCUACCUCUGUUGACACAGAGCUGGCACGAGGCCUGGCCGCGCCGCCUGUGCCGACCAACGCUGCGCUCACUGUCUCGCCUGCCGAACCGCCUCGCCGCACAUCGUGGUGGGCAGAGCGCAUCGGUGUGCAUCUUCCCUCGCUACGCAGUGCCACUGGAGCACUUAUGCCCUUCUCGCUUUCGGCUGCGCUCGCACGCAGCCAAGAACCUGCCGAGCCUACUCAAGUCCUCGUGGGACCCAAGAAGGGCGAAGUGCAGUGCUUGCUCUACAAAUCACUAGAUGACCGCGAAAUGCGUCAGCUUGAAGGCCGCUCCGAUCACCGACCCGUCAUCUUCAUUGCCGCUGUCGGCGUGUGAAAGCCUCAGCCUUUGCACUUGCGGCUGCCCCAAAUUCCUUCCUAGCACAAAUAUCCAAAUUCAGUAGGUCUCCACGCCAAGUCAUCGACGUCUUUCGCCUUCUGCUUCAUGCUCCGCUUGCUUGCCUUUAAAGCCUAUAACUUCGAACCCACUCUUCUGUGCCUUUUCAACUUCCACUCACGGGCGCGGCGAAGCCACGUAUACCCUCUGCGCAACGUUCCUGUGCACAAAUAGAUGGAGACUUCUUUUUGC